AUAAAAAUUCUCAAUAAAAAAUAAGUGAUUGUGUGUGAAUACGUAUUGGAAAAUACUACUACUUCUCUCUCUUCACUUUUGACUCUUCCUUUGUUUAGUCAACAUUAUUGAUUAUCUCAUCUUCUAAGCUUUUCCUCCGUCAAUUCUGAUUCCCUUUUUCUUCCUUCACUCAGUAAAAGUUACUGUAUCUAUUACUUCACCCAUUCACCCAUUCACCCAUAUCAGCUAACAGAAAUUAACAAAUUCCAGUAAUUUGGAGACUUGCCCAGAAAAAACAAUUUCUUUUUUUUUUUUUUUGGUUUGGGUUUCCAUUUUGAGCCUUGAAUUUUGUCCCAUUCUCUUAUUGAAGAAAAAAAAGUUGUGGGUUUUCUACUUGAUUGGGUGUUUGUACAGAUUCAAGAUCUGAACUUCAGCAAAUUUGUGUUGUCUACUCAUGAAUUUUAAUGGGUUUUCUUUUGUUGGAAGACGUGUUCUUUAAGUUACUGUUUUGUUACUGAUAUAGGUUACUGAAUUUGGUAUGUUAGGUUUUAGUUAAUUUGGCAUGGAGUUGAAGAAGGAAAAAACAGUAAGGUUCUAUUCUGGAGGGAAAAAUGACCCAGAUAUAGUACUGCCAAAAUCAGACCCCACAAGAUUAGAUAAGUCAUCUUCUGUUUAUAAGCAUUCAUCAAUUUAUUUUAAUGGUGGUGGAACUUUAAGUGCUAGUGGUAGAAUAGGUGAACCAUAUAAGUAUGGUAAGUCUAAGGUUUUUCCAGAGGAAGAAGAAACAUGGAGGAAUAAAAUAUUAGAUCCUGGUAGUGAAAUUGUGUUGAAAUGGAACAAGGUUUUUAUUGUUUCUUGCUUGUUGGCUCUAUUUAUUGACCCACUAUACUUUUAUCUGCCUGGUAUAAGUGGGGAUAAUAAGACUUACUGUGUGAAAACUGAUUUGCAUUUGCAAAUUGUUGUCACCCUUUGGCGGACCGUUGCGGAUCUUUUUUACCUUUUGCAUUUGAUUAUUAAAUUUAGAACAGCUUAUAUUGCUCCGAGUUCUCGGGUUUUUGGAAGGGGUGAGCUUGUAAGGGACCCCAAGAUGAUUGCACGGAGGUACAUUAAGUCCGAUUUCUUCAUUGAUCUUAUUGCCACAUUGCCUUUGCCCCAGUUUGUUAUCUGGUUCAUUAUUCCUGCAUCAAGAACUCCAAGAACUGAUCACAAUAACAACGCUCUCGCCCUCAUUGUUCUCCUUCAGUAUAUUCCUCGAUUAUAUCUUAUUUUCCCCUUAAGCUCUGAAAUCAUAAAGGCUACUGGAGUUGUCACGAAGACUGCGUGGGCGGGUGCGGCAUACAAUUUGCUAUUGUAUAUCUUGGCCAGCCAUGUUCUUGGGGCAGCAUGGUAUUUACUAUCAAUUGAAAGGUAUACACACUGUUGGAAGUCAAACUGUAGACAAGAAAAAGGCCCUCCAAAAUGUGUACUUCAUUUUUUGGAUUGUGACAUCUUCAACAAUCUAGAUCGCGUGGCCUGGGCUAACACAACUACUGUAUUCAGCAACUGUGAUCCAAAACAAAGUAGCAGUUUCCCCUACGGAAUUUUCGAGGAUGCAGUGCAAAAAAAGGUUGUCUCCUCCAACUUUAUCCGGAAAUAUUUCUAUUGUUUAUGGUGGGGCUUGCAGCAAUUGAGCUCUUAUGGACAGAAUCUAAAUACAAGCACAUUCAUUGGGGAGACAUCAUUUGCCAUACUAAUUGCAAUCUUGGGUCUUGUCUUGUUUGCACAUUUGAUUGGGAAUAUGCAGACUUAUCUUCAAUCUAUCACUGUGAGGCUGGAAGAGUGGAGGCUUAAGCGAAGAGAUACUGAAGAGUGGAUGAAGCAUAGGCAACUCCCUGAAGGUCUGAAACAGCGUGUUCGACGCUUUGUACAGUAUAAGUGGCUUGCGACUCGAGGAGUUGAUGAGGAAGCUAUUUUGACUAGCUUACCUGCCGACCUACGUAGAGACAUUCAGCGACAUCUGUGCUUGGACCUUGUUCGAAGGGUUCCUUUCUUCUCACAGAUGGACGAUCAACUACUUGAUGCUAUCUGUGAACGCCUUGUAUCCUCUUUAUGCACCGAGGUUACAUAUAUUGUUCGGGAGGGUGAUCCUGUGACAGAAAUGCUUUUCAUCAUUAGAGGACGAUUAGAAAGUUCCACUACAAACGGGGGUCGUACGGGAUUUUUCGAUUCAAUUACUUUGAAACCCGGAGACUUUUGUGGUGAAGAGUUACUUGCAUGGGCACUUCAUCCAAAAUCGUCUCUCAAUCUUCCUUCUUCAACGAGAACAGUGAAAGCCCUCGUUGAAGUGGAAGCGUUUGCACUUAGAGCCGAAGAUUUGAAGUUUGUUGCCAAUCAAUUCAGACGACUUCACAGCAAAAAACUUCAACAUACAUUCCGAUUUUACUCUCACCAUUGGAGGACAUGGGCCGCCUGCUUUAUACAAGCUGCUUGGAGACGGUAUAAGAGGAGACGGAUGACGAAAUGCCUCUCGUCUUUAGAAUCCUUCACGUCCGAAAGAGACGAUGAUGAAACUAGGGAAGAAGAAGAACCCCUUUCAACUCCUCGAGCAAAGUCAACCUUAGCGGUGACAUUACUAGCAUCUAAAUUCGCAGCAAAUACCAGAAGAGGAGCUCAAAAGAUCAAGUUGCAGAAGCCUGAAGAGCCAGAUUUUUCUGCUGAUCCUGACGAUGAUUGAGCACAUGUUGCAUCGAGAUGUUUAACAUUUUAAGCUUCAUACAUAUGAAGGGCCUAAGAAAGGCAAUGAAAUGGAAGCCUAUAUUUUCUGCGCAUGCGCCAAACUAAUAGUUGGUGCACGAAACCGUAAUCAAGUGGAAGGAAAUUGUUGCUUGAGUGUCCGCUAGGUUGCGAUACAAAAGUUGUUGAAGUGAAGUUGUACGUUAUACGCCCCCGAUACUUGACAGCAAAUUUGUCACUAAAAUAUGACAGCAAUCAUGUAGAUGCGCGCUGAUACACUUUACACAUAAUACUACAACUACAGAUAUUAGAUCACUUAUUUUUACUGGAGAUGUAUACUGGUAUUCUGGAAUGGUGUUUUAAGUUCAGCAAUUUCUGGUUUUUCCCC